GCGGCCACGGAACUUAUACGACGGAGCCGCGAAGAUUCCGUCCACGGGUUAUAAUAUCGAUAAAACGACGGCGACAGCGCUAACGCCAUUCCGUGUCCAAGAACACAGUGGAAGCAUGUGGAAGCUUCUAGAACAUUCCGAGUUCGUCAACUGUAGGCUGCGACUUUUUUUUUUAUUUCUUUGUUUUUACCAUCCCCACUCGCGCCGAUCGCGGUGAUAACAGCGGCGCGGCGGCUAGCGAGCCGGUGACGUAUUCGACAUUAGACCAAUGAGAGAAGAAAAGAAAUUGCCCGGGCAUAUCAACGCAUGCGCCGAAGAGCUUGGCAUCUAUGGGCAUAUAUCGAGCAUCCGGGGGCUCGGGCCGCCAUUUUACAUUUUCUGUCCACUUCGGCGUGCCUCGUCUCGGCAGCCUUCUGCGUCGCACCAUGCCUCGAGCUCCUGCUGGUCCUAGUUACGCGCUAACGGUGGCAGCGCUUGUCGAAGUUUCACGCUGCGCACGUUCCCGCCUUCGGCCGACCCUGGAAGCACUGGCUUCAUGCUCCGGCGCCUGAAAAACGUGAGGCACGCCUCGAGAGACUUGUAGCCCGACCCGCCCGCCGUCUCGGCAAUUCCUGGCCCCGCUUUCGAGCUCCCGGAGUGUAAGUGACCGCCAGCCGGCAUAACUACGUUACUAUACGCCGACGACACUCCGGUUGAGCCGGCGCAGCGUAUAUAAGUCGCAAGUCGUUCCUGCCGAGUACUCCUUCUUUUGUUUGUGCGCGUUCCCACCCCCCGACGGCGCCUGGACUAUUGAACUCUGGAUGAACUCUGAGCGUGGCCACUAACCCCAGGACCUGCGCGGCAACCCCUCGUCACGGCGAGCGUCGUCUCUACGAGCUUCGCAUCGAGCGUCCUAAACGCUCAAAAGGCCUGUGUGUGCACUUGGUGCAUUUUUUUCUAGAUGGUCUAGCUGGCGAGGGUGGCGCAUGCCUUAGAGAAGUUAACUGUUCAGUUGCACUAGCUAGCGCUCACUAGGGUUGUAUAGCUACACUACAAAAUUCUGUAAGGUUAGUGUUGCUUAGCUGUAAGCCCGAGGUUUCGUGGGCAUGGCUUGCGGCCACACGGGUCUUCUCCGUGCCGGAAUCGAAGAGGACGGGCCACGUGUUGCGGGGUGGCAGUGUAUAGCUUCAGGUUUUAGCUGGAACAGAGGGUUAGCUUAUACUGCGCAGGCAACAGCUGAUAGCCGUCCUCUUUCGACUGCGUCAGGGACAUGGACCCAUCCGAACGGCCUUGCGACCCGACCCCACUAUUUCGUGACGUAGGUAGCCCGCGCGCGUGAGUGCGCGUGCUAUCGAGCGAAAUGUGGGAAUGACGGAAGCAAACGGCCUUCGGACACAACCUCGCCAGCUAUUAGGCAUUAACCCGUUCUACGCAGCACCUCGACGCCGGACGUCGCCUGCUGUUUUCGUCGGAGCUGGGCCGGGCAGCAGCUACAAGCGUCACUCGUACCGCGCCCGGUCUACCGUGUUCCCUCGUCGGAGUGGCCUUGUGGCUCUGCACCGGGAUCCCGAGGUCCGCUUUCGAGAUUGCGGACCACGAGUCGGAAGGAUAUCCAGUGUGCUUCUCACGUUCGCCAUCCUCCCAACGUCCCCCACCGGAGAUGGCCUUGAGCACCUCUUACCGUGGCUGACCGCGUUGGCUCCUUUGCAUUUCCACGUCCAUGGCAUCCUUCUGCUACGGGGGACUUCGUUUGUUACUACUGCCCACGUGUGAGAUGGAUAUCCAGCGCGCUGCUCCACGUUUGCCAUCCUCCCAACGUCCCCCUCAGGAGAUGGCCUAGAGCACCGCUCGUACCGUGACCGACCGUUCCACUUCGCCGGCGUGGUCUCGCCGGCAGACGAGAUCGCUCGUCGCCCUUCUUAGCUACGGGAUCCCGACGUCUGCGUUCGAUAGAAGCCCAUAAGUUAUCCAGUAGGCUGCUCCCCAUUUGCCAUCCUCCCAACGUCCCCUUCGGGAGGUGACCUAGAGCGCCACUCGUAAUCUGGCCGACGGUGUUUUGUUAAAUUACCUUCCCUCACCCAUGGCGUCCUGCUGGCAGUCGGAACCUUGCUCCUCGCCCGCCACUACUAAUGACCGUUUUGGAUGGCGGUGAGCGAGGAGAACGUCCGAGGCAGUUUUGCCAAAAGAUCAGAUGCUUCUGAGCAACCUUCCUUCUACGACUGUGGCCGUUCGCACAUCGGACGGCAACUGGACAUCCAAGUCUGAGAGUGGCCACUAACCCCAAGACCUGCGCAGCAACCCCUCGUCACGGCGAGCGUCGUCCCUGCGAGCUUCGCAUCGAGCGUCCUAAACGCUCAUCAGGUGGUCUUUGUGCAUAUUCUAGAUGGUCUAGCUGGCGAGGGUGGCGCACGCCUUAGGGAAGUUAACUGUUUCUUCAGUUGCACUAGCUAGCGCUCACUAGGGUUGCUUAGCUGUAAGCCCGAGGUUUCGUGGGCAUGGCUUGCGGCCACAUGGGUCUUCUCCGUGCCGGAAUCGAAGAGGACGGGCCACGUAUUGCGGGGUGGCGGCGUAUAGCUUCAGGUUUUAACGGAUAUAAGGCUUAGCUCAUACUGCGCAGGCAACAGCUGAUAGCCGUCCUCUACGAGUGCGUCAGGGACAUGGACCCUUCAGAAUGGCCUUGCGACCCGACCCCACUAUUUCGUGACAAGGUAGCCCGGGCGCGUCAGUGCUAUCGAGCGAAAUGUGGAAUCACGGAAGCAAACGCCGUUCUGAAAUUGCCUCGCCAGCUUUUAGCUAUUGCGGCGACCUUACGUCGCCCACGGUCUGGAGCGGAGCCCGGCCGUGCAGCAGCUACGGUGAGUGGUCCAUUUCUUUGCGGUUCCGGCUGUUUUUUUCCGGUUGUUUACUUUCCUCCUUGCGUCGCAGAUGACCUUGAUCACCAAUCGUGCCGUCACCGACCGUCUUAACGCUUUUGCAUUCCCUCGGCGGGGAAGUGUUGCUGGUGGACUGGACUUCGUUCCUCGCCCGGCACUACUCCUGGUUCCUACCGUCUGCUUCUGAAGUGCGCCAACUGUAGGGGCCCUCACGCAGCCUCGUCGAAAGACUGCCCCCACAUCAAGAGGGAGCGCGCGGUUCUGAAGCAAAUGGCCAGAGACAAUACGGCCCACAGGGAGGCAGCCGAAGUAGUCCGGCGUCGACGACGACGCGAUCGUACAUCUUCAAAGAAGGCGCAUGCGCGAAGCGAUAGUACCCGCUACACUGCGGUACCACUUAGUCGCGCCGCGAAAGGCCCAACACUUCCACGAGGGAAUCAGAUAACUCUUUAAUUCUUUAGAGGAAUGGCCUACGAUACCGAGCCGCUCCCUUGCUAAGGAACCUCAGAAGGUCGCGGCCCCACUGGAGCCUUCUCCGGCCAUUGAUGAGUCACCUAAGACAGAUCGUCAAGUCAUCUCGGUGCUACGUUCCCUCAUGGAGGCCAUCCGAACGAUUUUAGUGGACACGGGGACACCGUCUGCUCGAAGCGCAAUUAAAGUGCUGGACGCAUUAAGCCCAGUGCUCGAAACCCUCAACUAGAAAAAUGGCUGCCCAUACCCCAUCCUUCGGAAAAGUCAAGGCAGCGUCCGUCAUCCAGUGGAACGCCAGAGGGCUAAAAUCACGAAUUUCAGAUUUCGGUCAUUAUGUGUACACCAAUGUGUUUCUACUCAUCGUCAUUUGUGAGCCCAACUUGUCGAAACCAAUCACUGUCAGGAUACGAAUGUAUCAUGUCAUCAACAAAUAGCGCAUGCAGCAAAAUCGUAGUUUUUUUUCGUCGUGAACUCGCCUAUGUUUUGCAACCAACUGCGCCCCACGACGACAAUCAGUAUAUAUGCAUCACAGUUAAAAAGAACACUCUUGUUUACUCUCAUAGGCGUGUAUGUAUCGCCUUCCAGCAAUUUCGAUACUAAAAGAUUAGCGGAUAUCUGAGUGUUUGUCCCGCCCCAUGGGUCUUCAUAGGAGAUUUCAAUGCACACCAUCCAGCAUGGGGAUGGUGUGCAUUGUACAAGGACAAAUGCAAGAGGACGAAGAUUAGCAAGCAUCGCCUACAACUAUGGCCUUAUUCUCUUGAACGAUGGUAGCCUCGCCUUUCUUCGAGCCGUGAAAUACGGCAGCUGCCUCGACCUUGCUUUCAUCUCUAACUCUCUCGCCAGAUAUGUGAAGUGGUUUCCAGAUAUUGAGACACAUGGGAGUGAUCACAUUCCCACCUAUUUGAACAUCAAAGGCUUGUCGUCUAAAUCUGGCCCACGGAAUACCAUUCGGACGAUUCUAUGGGCCAACUUCAAAUCUGAUAUGGAAGAUGCCUGCCGCGAGGGCCUACCCUCUGGGUUAGAGCAAACAAUUAAAAGUACCAUGCGAAACGCCACUCGCGUGCUGAUGAUCUCUUACACGCGAAACGACUUCGACAUAGAAUUAGAGCGACUUCGAGCACCUCGUCGCCGGGCGGAACGUCGAUAUCGACGUACAAAAUCAAUCCGUGACCUUAGGGCAGCCAGGAGGGUCCAAAGAAGAUUCAGCGUCUAAUGGAUACAUUAGCGUCAGAACGUUGGGCAACGUUUUGCCAGACCCUCGACCCCCGCAAGCCACUGUCUCACAUUUGGAAAACGGUGCAAGGUCUGCGUUGCCUUCCGGAACAGCGUUUUCCAUUCAAGGCGCUCGCGCUUUUCGAAGGGCGGCAAUACAUCGAUGUCGAAGAAGACUUUUGGGCGCGGAUGGCAGACCAAGCGACACGUCCAGAUCCUCCAGCCCGAGAUGACGUCCCCUAUUUCCGUGAUUGCCGCAUGGACCUUCCUUUUACAAUGAAGGAGCUCGAGGCGGCACUAGCUCUGUGCAGGCGCUCAUCAUGUACGGGUCCAGAUGGUAUAUCAUGCAGAGCCUUGUGCUAUCUCGGAGAAUGCGCACGGAUAGCGUUGUUGAGGCUCUACAACACCUCAUGACAGGAGGGAAAUGUUCCUGACGAAUGGAAAGUGAGCCGCCUGGUGCCAAUCUUGAAGCAGGGCAAAUCCCCGCUAGAGCUCACCUCUUACCGCCCAGUAGCGUUGGCUAGCUUUGUAGGAAAGAUAAUGGAACGGAUGAUCCUUGACCGCCUGGAAUGGUACCUUAAACACAAGAUUUAUCCGAAUUCCAUGGCUGGUUUCCGACGUGACCGCUCUUCCCGCGGCAUUGUAGUUUAUCUCGUUUCAUAUGUCCAGCACGAAAGGUCCCGAAAAUAAUUAUCUGCAGCUUUAUUCUUAGAUGUGAAAGGGGCAUACGAUAACGUGUUACAUGAGGCCAUUCUCGACGCUCUUCUGACGGUUGGCCUAGGUGGUCGAGUAUUUUUGUGGAUUGCAAGUUAGUUAUCUGCAAGAUCAUUGUGUUAACUGAAUGGUCCAACGGCGCUACGCUAUACGAGCAGGGCCGUUCCUCAAGGCGGUGCUCUCAGCCCGACGCUAUUCAACCUCUCUUAUUGGGCUUGCCGAAUACUUGCCAACUACCACCAAAAUUUCAAUAUACGCAGACAUUUGUGUCUGGACUUCGGCAGUCACACGUCCUCAGAUAUGUGCACGGCUUCAAAAAGCGGCUAUUUUGACAGCGAGCUACUUGUGUAAACAAAGUUUCAGCAUAUCACCAGAAAAAUGCGCCCUAGUAGCAUUUACUCGCAAACCGAUGACGCCUUAUGUCGUCUUAAUCAAUGGGCGGACCAUUUCCUAUGUCAGAGCCCAGAUUUCUUGGCGUAAUUAUCGACCGAGACCUCUGUUGGAGCCCACACGUUUCCUACAUGAAACGGCGCCUGAUAGCAACCUCCCAGUUGUUUAACUACUUGACAGGAAAGACGUGGGGGAUGUCAGUUGACACAAUGACUCUACAGAGCUUUCUCGGUUUUCUAAGAUAUAGUCUACCUGUACUGAACAACGCCUGCAAGACAAAUAUUCGUGUUCUGCAGGCAGCACAAGCUCAAGCACUCAGUCUGCCUUGGUUUGCCCAGAUGCACGUCAACAAAGGCUACUAUUGCGAUUGCUGGGGACCAUCCAAUGAAAACUCGCAUCGCGGUGGAAGCCCUGAGAACGCACAUUACAUUAUGCACGUGCCCCAUAUCGCCACCUUGCAACGCUACCUUCAGACAGGCACCAAUCAUCAUUCUCUAAAACUAUCGUCACGUAUAACGACAAACUUGCCUCGGGCUUCACCGCUGCAUCUAAACCAUCGCUCCUCCUUGGUGUCUUGUCAGCCCCACAGUCCAUUUCAGCGUACCAGGAAUCGGGAAAAAGUCUGAGCUGUCGUCGCCUCUGCUGAAACUGUAUCUGCUUCUGCACGAGAGGUACGCGGACAGUUCACGUAUUUAUAUACUGAUGGUUCCACAAACAUCCAAUGUUCGUCCGGUGCUGUGGUCGUCCCAGCAAGAGGUAUUACCAUCAGCUUUAGCUCUGACCACCCAACAUCUGUGGAACUAGCUGCUCUUGGCGCUGCACGUUGUUUCGUCAAUCGGGAACGAUCUCGACAAUGGUCAAUUUUCGGUGACUCAAAGGCAGCCCUACAAUCUGUGCUAUCAGCUCUGCGUCGCGGGCCAUUCGAACAGCUCGUGCUCGAUAUUAGAUGCCUACUCCAUACAUCACAUGAGAAAGGACAUCACAUGCCGUUUUAGUGGCUGCCAAGUCACUGCGGCGUCAUAGGUAAUAAAGACGCCGAUCAAGCCGCUCGGACAGCUCUUGAAGACGCACAGGAAGACGCCAUACCACUUUCACGGUCCGACGGAGCCAGCAUACAAGUGCUUGCACGGGAGAUCACGCUCUCUGCGGAGCACACCAAGCAGCCAGACCGACCGGAGCAAUCAACACGACCUGCCCUCCUUGAUGCACCUCUGUAUUCCGACUGGACUCCGCUGAAGUGAGGCCACCCUGCUUUAUCGCUUAUGGCUGGGGGUGGCCUUCACGAAAUCUUACUCGUUUCGAAUUCGAAUGGCCGGCAACGCUCCCUGCUGUGCCUGUCUUUGCAAGGAGACGCUGGAACACAUUCUGUGCGACUGUCCUGAAUAUAAUGUUCAGAGACAGUCCCUGGCGUCCGUUCUAGCGCACCUUGAGAAUAGACUAUUGUCAGCUGCAACUAUUUUCACAUAUCGCCGACAGACAUCGUAGCUGAAGGCGACGAAGGGAUUACUUCGGUUUACGAAGGAGACGAGCUUGGACAAGCGGCUGUGACAGUGAUGUCACGUACCGCGCAAGAGUGACAGAGUAACUAACGGUGUGUGUGCCGUGUUAUGUGCUCCCUCUCUUCUCCCCAUCUUUCAUCCCCCCAUCCCGCUCCCAUGUGUAGGGUAGCAAACCGGUUAAGCUAAACUGGUUAAUGUCCCUGCCUUCCUUCUCCACUUUUUCCUUCAUUCGUUCCUACAGUCUGCUUUCCAUUGCGGCUAUUCAUAAGCAUAUCCAGCGGGCGGUUCUGCACAUCUAGUCUCCGGCCGUGUUACGCCUGCGUUUUUCUCGCUACUGGCUUUCAGCUGGGAGACGCAGAUUCGUUAAACUCCCUGCACUACUUCUGACAAGUACCAUCUAUACGCUCCACUGGUACUACGGUUGUUUGCUCGUGUGGGCAAAUAAGCCCUGUGGCAUUUAAGGUUCCGAACGUCUGCUUUUGAAUGAAGCCGUGUUUUCCCCUGACGACUAUGGUUAGUGUUCUCUCAGUGCUCCUUUUCUUAAUCCUGUUGCUACACCUUGCCGGUCCCGCAAGUACAAAAACUUUGUGGGCUUCCGAUGAAAUUUGCUGUCGAAUGUAUUUACUGUACAGACCUUCGAGGUUAGGUUUAUGCUUCGGAAAACUUCGCCACAGUUUCCAAAAGACUUUUGUGUGUCGCUCUCCCAGUAAGACGUUUAAUUACUUCCGUUCCUGGUUAUAUUUCUUUGCUGAUUUCAUUUCCUCACCAGUAAUUUAUUUCGUCUGCUCGGAAUGCCACAUUUUUCACAAUGCUUUGGUAACUCUACGUAGUCUUCACUUUUGUCGAAGGUUGCCGUCAUAUUGUUCAAUAUCCGCCCCCCCCCCCCUAGUUAUCUCCGCGGAAACUGGGAGAAAAACUGGGUUCGCAGAAUAGGUUCUCCAGGUCCAUCUUGAACUUUUGUGAACGAUUGUUUCCCAAUGAUACAACCUACUUCGUAUACUCGGGUGUAUAGUUCUCCAUUAUUCAGUACACAUCCACCGAUCGCUUUCUGCGGUAGACUUGAAAACUACGAAUGAGCCUUUCAGAGAAAUCGCCCCCACACAAUGUUUUGGGGAGGAAAUUUCCACUUGGUGAUAGGUCAUAAAUUGUUCGCUUGUUCAUUGACGUAAUGUUCCUGUGACCGCAUUCAAUCCCUUAUUCGUUCUCUUGAAAGUCUUGCAUUGUUGCUGUGCACGUUUCUGUUCGAGCUGAGAAACGCCGAAAAUAGUGUAGAAAACCGAUGUGAAGCGCCUCCAACAGUUCCGCAGUGUACACAUCUUGUCACGGCACUUGUGAAAGUUGCUACACAAACUUUGGCUAUGUCUCCUUACUUUUUGUAGUUGCUCCCAGCGCACCGUUAAACGUAGACCAGCCAUUUCAGACAAUUUGGUCUUCAUUACUCGAUCCUCAAGAGGAGGUACUUCUUACAAGGAUCUGAAAUUGUAUUUUCGCCACGCAACGCACUGUCGUAUUAUUUCUUACACGUAUACGCGCCAGUGUACCGCGUACUCCACCGCGAAGUUUGUCCAUAUACGUCUCGCACUAAUAGUCAACGAAUUUCUUCCAUUCACAUGUGAUCGGGUGCCGCUCGUCUUGUGAUACGGGCCCUACCGAAAGCGUCUUUGAAACCCGCCGUGGUUGCUCAGUGGCUAUGGUGUUGAACUGCUGAGCACGAGGUCGCGGGAUCGAAUCCCGGCCACGGCGGCCGCAUUUCGAUGGGGGCGAAAUGCGAAAACACCCGUGUGCUUAGAUUUAGGUGCACGUUAAAGCACCCCAGGUGGUAAAAAUUUCCGGAGUCCUCCACUACGGCGUGCCUCAUAAUCAGAAAGUGGUUUUUGGCACGUAAAACCCCAAAUAUUAUUUUUAAAGCGUCUUUGAAGUCUCAUUGGGUCUUUACCGUAAUAUAUCUGGUAUUCACCUACUGUCUGCAUAUUCGCUUGCUUGCUGAAUUUCUGCGCUUUUUCAAUAUACACUCCUUGUUCUAGCCAAAUAAGGCAGGUGUCGGCCGUAUUUAUUUCUUUUGCUUUUAGUGGACCGUAGAACUUGUCCUCAAAUAUUAAUCAUGGAACGAAACAUUCACGUUGUUGCUCUCCAAAUAUUCAAGUAACUGCCGAACUUGUCAACUUCAAUCAACUUCAACUUGAGAUCAUUUUCGACGUAUAUCUGACACGAGAAUGCUCUCCUUUCAUUAUUAUACGGUAUUUUGUAACGGUUGUUUGGUCUGUAGCAACAUGGAUCCCUUCCACAAAAUUGUUCGCUACAUCUUUUCUACGGUCACUCCUGGUUAUAUCUGCUCAACUUUUCACUGCUAUUGACGUAUCCCCAUUGUUCUCCUACUGAGUAAUUCUUUUUUUCUUGUAGUAUGUGGUCAACGGGUGCUUCAUGCAUUUUCUUUCUCCAAUGCAGCACGAUUGUACAAGUGGUCGUAUACUUUACUGUUGCCUCCAAGUUCUAAUUUGCGAGACUGACGACGGUGUUCAUUAGAGCUACGGUGUUCAUUGCCAGGACCAGCACUGUCUCCGCUCUGAUAUAACAGUACCAUGAAUGCUGCACUUGAAUACCCCGCCGGGCUUGCAUCCGAGAAGUGUCAAUGCUUACGUUCCGUUUCUUGUUGUCGAUACGCGCUUGAGGCAUUUAGUCUUUUAUUUUCCUCGGUAUAUUUCUCCAAAGAUCAUUUAUCUUCGUCUGGGAGAGGGUUGUCCCAAGAUUCCGGUUUCUUUCCCGUCAUUGAAUACCGAUAUUAGCUGUUACAGGGCAGGACGUUAGAAAUUCCAGCCGACCGAAUAUUUUUACCCUGACUUGAAGUACUCUUCGAUUCCUGAGCACUUAACUCGCGUCGUCAUAUCGAUAUAGCAGAAUACCGUCGGCCGUGUCACAGUUCAUUCCUAGAAUACGGAUUUGGCUUGAUAAAGUAAUAACGGCACCUUGAAGCGCUUUUAAAUUCUCAUUUCACUGUUCGAUGUCCCUUUCCAAAGAUUCAUUGCUUGGAAAGAUUUUUGCUUCCAUGUACAAGACUUUAGCCUGGUUUUUAUGAUUUCCAAACGUAACUUCAUCAACGCAAACGUAUUUACGUUUGCUGUCAUUACAAGAAUUUCUUCGAAAAUUCAUUAACACUGUUGGUACAUCUGCAUUCACAUUUCCUCCUGUCUGAAGAUAAUCAUUCGGAACAUUCCUGAUCUUAACCACGAGGCGUCAAAUACUACGCUUAUUUUCUUGCUAGUUGGUCUUUUCGAAUUGCUUGAUGGCGCGAUAUGGUAGUUAUUGUUCUGAUUCUUCUGAGCACACUCGUUCUUCCAUUCCAAGCGUGAAAGAUCUCGCAUUGAACAGUCAUAGUCAUCUCGGUACUGAAUUUGUUUUCGAGAUCGUCUUCUGAUUGCUACUUCGUUGAGUUCCACGUUAACUUGCUCUCUCCAUCCUUCUGAACAGUCAUUGUAACUACAUAUCGUCAUGCAUCGUUUCUUUCUGAGGAGCUAAUCCAGUAUAUUCCAACAUCAAAAAGUUCAAAAUGGACGUCGUCAGUUUAUCCGGCGUCAAGAACCAUGGCAAGUUUCGCGUUUCGCAGUUUUCUACACCACAUGGGUCAGGCAGAAUCCAGUCGGGAGUUUUCUAUUUUCCAUUGUAUCUUCGUUUCAUCUUUCCACUGGACUUGUCUCCUCGCCUGGCACUACUACUGGUUCUGCAUUCCUGUUUUCAACUGCGGUGGUCAAGCGUACCCAGCGUGCCCCUGCACCGCUCUACAGUCUGCGCUCCAAAAGAUUACUUCAGGCUACAGCAUCACCUGUUCCAGGAGCGACUGCUGUUGCUUCUGCAUGCCCUUCCAGUGGCGGCCGUGCUGCAAGGCUGGACUUGUCUCCUCGCCCUGCACUACUCCUGCUUCUGCACUCCUGUUUUCAAUUGUUGUCCACAAGCGUACCCAGCGCGCUCUCGCACGACUCUACGGUCUGCGCUCCAGAAAGAUUACUUCGGGCACGAGCAUCACCUGUUCCAGGAGCGACUACUAUUGCUUCUACAUUCCCUCGCUAGUGGCGUCCUGCUGGUACACUGGUCUCGUCUCUUCGCCCUGCACUACUACUGGUUCUGCACUCCUGUUUUCAAUUCUGGUCCACAAGCAUACACAGCGCACUCUCGCACUACUCUACGGCCUGCGCUCCAAAAAGAUUACUUGGGGCAAGAGCAUCACCUGUUCCAGGAGAGACUGCUGUUGCUUCUGCAUUCCCUUGCCAGUGGCGUCCUGCUGGUAGACUGGUCUCGUCUCUUUGCCCUGCACUACUACUGCUUCUGCACUCCUGUUUUCAAUUGUGGUCCACAAGCGUACCCAGCGCGUUCUCGCACGACUCUACGGUCUGCGCUCCAAAAAAAUUACUUGGGGCAUGAGCAUCACCUGUUCCAGGAGCGACUGCUAUUGCUUCUACAUUCCCUCUCCAUUGGUGUCCUGCUGGUAGACUGGGCUCGUUUCCUCGCCCUGCACUACCCCUGGUUCUGCAUUCCUGUUUUCAACUGCGGUCCUCAAGCGUACCCAGCGUGCCCCUGCACUGCUCUACAGUCUGCGCUACAAAAGAUUACUUCAGGCUAGAGCAUCACCUGUUCCAGAAGCGCCUGCUGUUGCAUCUGCAUGCCCUUUCAGUGGCGGCUGUGCUGGAAGGCUGGACUUGUCUCCUCGCCCUGCACUACUCCUGCUUCUGCACUCCUGUUUUCAAUUGUGGUCCACAAGCGUACCCAGCGCGCUCUCGCACGACUCUACAAUCUGCGCUCCAAAAAAAUUACUUGGGGCAUGAGCAUCACCUGUUCCAGGAGCGACUGCUAUUGCUUCUACAUUCCCUCGCCAUUGGCAUCCUGCUGGUAGACUGGUCUCGUUUCCUCGCCCUGCACUACUCCUGGUUCUGCAUUCCUGUUUUCAACUGCGGUCCUCAAGCGUACCCAGCGUGCCCCAGCACUGCUCUAUGGUCUGCGCUCCAAAAAAUUACUUCGGCCACGAGCAUCACCUGUUCCAGGAGCGACUGCUGUUGCUUCUGCAUGCCCUUCCAGUGGCGGCCGUGCUGGAAGGCUGGUUGUUUCUUCGCCCUGCACUACCGGUUCGGCACACAUGUAUUCAACUGCUGUCCACAAGCGCGCCCAGCGUGCUCUUGCACGACUCUGCGGCCUGCGCUUCAAAGGAUUACUUCGGCCACGAGCAUCACCUGUUCCAAGAGCGACUACUACGGCUUCUACAUUUUCGCCAGUGGCGUCCUGCUGGCAGACUGGACUUGUCUCAUCGCCCUGCACUACUACUGGUUCUGCACUCCUGUUUUCGACUCCGGUGGGUGCCUAGCACGCUCCUGCACAUCGACUCUCAGAUCUGCGCACCAAAAGAGAUUGCUUCGGGCACCAGCAUCACCAGUUCCAUGAGCGACUGCUAUUGCUUCUACGUUCUCUCGCCGACGGCGUCCUGCUGGCAGACUGGACUUAGCCUGGUGCCCUUGCACCUCAUUGUGGUUCCCAGUUUUUGCUGUCGCUUUUUGCGCACGAGAAAUAUUCCAGCACGCUCAUUUACAAGAACAUUCCUGGCCUUGCCUCACGAGCAACCAUCUUCACCCCGAUCGUCCUGCCGCGUCCUCUAUACAACAAGCUUCCUAAUGAACUCGUGAACGCGUCGCACGCCUGUCUUGGCGGUGUCCUGCACUGUGUUGACGGCGUGUUCAUUCUCUGAAGGACUUCGUGUCGUCACCAUCCCGCGAGCGUCCAUCGGAUGUGCUUCUACAGUUCGCUGUUGCCUUUUUUCCGCAAGCAUAUUUAAUAAGGUCAUUGUAGCAAACUUUUUUUUUCUUUUUUUUGUAGCAAACAUUGCUCGGCGAAUGGAUGCCGAUUCUAGGAAUCUGGUUAAUACGAAGCAGAACAUAAAGGUCUGGUUACGUGGACACCACUCGGUCCUUAAUAAGGACUGUCAAUGUUUUCAUGAGCCAAUCUGUAAAUUUUUGGUGGCGAGAGUAAUGGACAUUCAUUGACAUUGUGCGCUUUUAUAGUAGCACGUUGUGUGUGUGUGUGUGUGUGUGGAUGUGUGUGUGGAUGUGUGUGUGGAUGUGUGUGUGUGGAUGUGUGUGUGUGUGUGUGUGGAUGUGUGUGUCCUACUCUGUGCUCCAUUCUUUUGUUUCGGUCGAGAACGUAUGACAUGAGCUCCACUACUACGUGGCGCAUUUCGAAUUCUUCAUGUUUUUGGUGGUAGCAUUUCCAGCGUUACAGUUGCUUCACUUUUCCGGGUUCAUUCCCGUUGAAAGGUUGAUGGUUUAGUGUCGUCUAUGGAUAUCUGCUUUUGGAUUGGUCGAACCGCUGGUUUCUUUGGCUUUGGUCCUUGGGUUGACCUCUGUGCUCGUUUCAACAUUCAGCGGAUUUGUUCUGGCAUCUCUCUCGUGUCAGAAACAGUCUUCACACAUACUAGGUUCUUCCACGUCGCUCAUCACCGACUCGAAAAGAAUAACACGCCACUACAAAAGGACACAAUGUUAAUGAAUGGGAAAGGGGAGGGUGGUUACUCUCGCCAACAAAAAUUUCCUGAUUUGUUCAUAAUGACGUCCAUCUUUAAGGCUGAUUGGUGGUAAAUGUCACCGGGCUCGCUGUUCCUAGUUUUUUUUUUUUUGUCCUUGGCUAAUCAAAUGCCGUUAUGGAUCUACAUGGUCCAACUUGUGUAUUACCUGUCGUUUGUUUAUCGAACAGUGCUACCCGCUGUCACCGCUUGUUCACCAUAUAUACUGCGCUGUAGUAUAUUUUGUCCACAACUAUCGCGUACUCUGCAAGAUCGGUAGGCAUGCUGAAGUGCCAUAUGGCACCCUUCAGGCGGCUGUGCCCUCGUUGCCUGCUGACUGUAGUUCAGAUUACGCACGCUUGUGUACUUUAAUCCCGAAAUUGCACCGCGUGAGCCAUUGUCACAGCUGCUUCGAAGGGGCUACAUGUACUCCCCUUACGCCAAGUCGUGUGUGAACACGUCUAGACAACUGACGUGCACGAGCACGCUCAAAGAAAUCUUCAUAAAAUGUCCGCUUUACUUGUAAUUUUAUUUAGUGUUGAAGUUAAUUAAGUUUACCAGUUUCGCCACGUAAUUCUUUUCUGUACGCUGUUAGUCUCCAUUGCUCUUCGAAUGCAUCUCAAUGAGUUUGCAUUGAAUAGUGUUUGAAUUUGCGCAUGCUACAUUUGUCAAUUGUCCUAAUCUCGAUAUAAGGAAGCACACUUGAUUUAUUGCGAAUUACUUUCAUUGUUCUCAACCUGUAAUAACCUUACUUCGGCAUUACUUCAUAACAAAAAUGAGCACUGUCCUUGGUAAAUGGUUACGUGUGCCGCAUUACUUUGCCUAUUUUUUUGUCGCUGCUUUCAUCCGUUGUGAUUUUAAAAAAAAGUCGGGCAACCACGCAUGCGCGAAUGUGCUCACUCAAAUGCAUUUUUCUUAAAGGGACACUGAAGGCAGAUAAGUCGACGUGGACUGUUUAACCAUCAUUAUAUAAGCCUCGCAACGCUUGUUUCGUGCCAAGUAAAGACUUAGUUUACGAGAAAAUUGCAUCUGAAGGGCCUGAAUACCUGUUUCGAAAUUGGAGUCUCCUGCCACCGAACCCGGGGAGUGGUGACGUUGCAUACACCAUUGAUACCCUUUCCUGCCGUCGGGGAGUAAAACGGCGCCCAACGGACGGCAGUAACGAGCCACGACAGAUUGGCGGAUUCGCCGCUGCAGCUGCUUCAAGUGGCGUAGACCGUUCGGGCAUCCCGCGACAUCACAUGCAAGCUGAAUUCUAAGCUACUUGCAGUUUGUGCGAGUAUCGCGAUCCGGCAUAACCAGCGCAGCACUACGCGAUAACUAAUGAAACGCGAAGCCAUGGGUGGCACGGAGUCGAGUGAAAACGAAGUCUUUCGACCGACCGCGUCGUUGUCCGGGUUAUGUCAAUGAGGCGUUUUUAAAAAAGUGAUAUAGGACUGGACAAACAGGAUUUUAUUUCGUCUUGUAAUACAAUGCAAGGACAUUUUGUGGAGCGAGUGGCUGAGUACUACUGACAGAAUUUAACUGAGGAGUGCUUUCGUCAUCGGGCAAAUAUACUUCUCUAAUGAUGUCCGGCAUUUGCCUCAAUUUCUCAAUUAUUAAGGCUCUGUUCGCGAUAAUAUUCACGCCUUAGAUGUUCCCGAACCCUAAUCUAUGACUUUAGCUCGACUUGAUAUUUGCCUUUAGUGUCCCUUUAACCUCGAACAUACACACAGCGCAAUGUCGCGUUACUGUAGGAAUUGUCUUUUCAUUUUCCAUCUUCUGUUACACUACAGUCCUGCGAUUGCGCAACACGAUGCUCGAAAUGAGAUUACGAUAGGACCAGUGUGGAGAUUUGGACUUCUUGAUAUGCGUCCGUCGGGGUUGCUUAGUAGCUAUGGUGUGAGGCUGCUAAGCACGAGGUAUCGCUAUCAAAUCCCGGCCACGGCGGCCGCAUUUCGAUGGGCCUGAAAUGCGAAAACACCCGUGUACUGCGAUUUAGGUGUACAUUAAAGCAUCCCAGGUGAUCCAAAUUUCCGGAGUCUCCUACUGUGUCGUGCAUCAUCAGAUAGGGGUUUUCGCACGUAAAACCUCAUAAUUUUUUUUUAAUGUGUCAUCUUGGAGGCUUUUCUUUGUUUUUGCAUAAUGCAACUGGUACGUCGACGCAGAGAAAUGGCACACCCACACAGCACUCAAUAGUUCACAAUAUGACAUCGAUGCGCGAAGUCACUGCACAUUGAGGUCAUAUUGGAGAAUGUGACGUGGUAUAUAUAGAUCGUCGUCUAGAAAUGUGUUGGCGUACCUUCUGUGCGUUUCGCAUCUAACUUACGCGCUUUCUUGUUUAGUGAAAACAAAUGUCGGAAGCGUUUUUUCCCAUCUCUCCGCGAAGGCGCUCUACAACGCUUACCCAUUUCAGACAAGUUAUACAGCUUGAAGCCAUUUGAACUUUAAUGUAUGCGAAGAAGUCUGUUACUGCGCCUUGACUUGUGCUGUUAUUUCCAGUUUAUUAAUCUAGGAAAACUGUUAGUUGCAUUUUUAUACGUCGAAGUAUCGUGAAGCUGAGAAAUUAUUUGUGCUAUGUAAAUUUCGGUAUGUAUUUGAAAUGUGUUCCUGUACAAAUGCAUAAAUGUAUGUUAAUGCACUGUAUAUAUGCUCCUGUUUGCAGCACCUGUGACUAAGUACAGUAGAGUAGUAUUGAGUCGCUUUUAAUUCCCUAUAAAAAAUCGUGUUUUGCGCUGGUUGUACUGAGUAUGCAUUGCAUUAAACUUCACCUUGCCCAAAUCAUCUGUCAAAAUAAAACCCUCUUAUUCUUGUUGCCCGUCUCACUAACCCCGUGUAGUGAAAACACUGCCGUGCCAGCCAACCGUAAUGGCACAUCCGCUGUCUGCAACUGGUCGAGGGACACCGACUGAAUGGGAGCAUCACUGGGAGCCAUUCAGAGUAUAGGAAGACUGGAUUUCUAUG